UUUUUAAUAUCUGAAAAUUUAAAUUCAUUUGAUAUUAAGGUAGACACGCGCCGCCUCAUUUUCCUCACAAUUUGAUUCUUCUUAUUUCGCCGCCAAUUGCCGCCCUCCGCUCCUACAUCUCCGGCUGCUGUUGUCAGCGUGAUUCAACUCCAUCACGCCGCUUCCACCUAUUUCCCUCCAGCACCACCAAGUUCCGUCUGCUUCUGCUUCUGCUCUGCCUCACCUUCGCCGCCGCGUUGCUGUUACUUACUUUACAGGCGAAGAAUUGCAGGAACCACAUCGAUAUCAAUGCUCUUGCUAAAUGGAAAUCACAGCAGCCAGAACCCCAUCACUCCUCCACAUGAAUAUCCAAUUGAAAAAUCCCAACAAUUUCAAUGCUAACCCUAAAACCCAAAUCCAGUUGCCCCUUCACAGACCUAAAUAUAAACCACCCUUAAAACCCGUAAGAAUCAAGCCUGCCAAGAAGUCGAACCAGAAGCCCGUCACCACCACCUCCGACAUUUUGCGAUUGAUGGACGGCCUUAAAUUGCCUAUACCAAUAGAUAUUUACACUUCACUCAUCAAAGAAUGUACAGAAUCUGGUGACCCUUUCAAAGCUAUUGAAUUGCACGAGCAUAUUAGAACAAGUGGGAUUCAUCCGAGCUUACCGGUGAUUAACAGGAUUCUAUUGAUGUAUGUAUCUAGUGGCUGUUUGGAACAUGCGCGCAAGGUGUUUGAUGAAAUGACAGUGCGGGACUUUAACUCUUGGGCCAUUCUGAUUGCUGGUUGUGUUCAGAAUGGAGAGUUUAAUGAAGCCAAUGGAUUGUUCGUUAAAAUGCUGAGUGAUAAAGAAUUAGAGAACGCGGGUGCUGAUCAGAUGGGAUUUUCGGUUCCGGGAAUUCUCAUGUGUGUGCUUAGAGCUUGUGUGUGCACCGUUGACUUUGAACUCGGCAGGCAAGUUCAUGGCUGGUUGUGGAAAGUGGGGUUUUCGAAAAACGAUGCUUUGAGCAGUUUCUUGAUUAGUUUCUAUGGGAAGCUGAAGCAUUACGAGGGUGCUGAAAGUGUUUUCCAGCAAGUUGAGUGUCGGGAUACGGCUGUGUGGACGUCUAGGAUAGUGAAUUGCUGCAACGACGACAACUUUGUGGGCGUAGCUAAUGUGUUUAAGGAGAUGGGAGAGGAGAGAGUAAAGAAGAACGAGUACACAUUCUCGAUUGUUCUUAAGGCUUGCAGGACGAUGGGUGCUAUUAGGUACGGUCGACAAGUCCACGCGAAUGCAAUGAAACUAGGACUAGAUUCCGACAGCUUUGUUCAGUGUGCAUUGGUGGAUUUGUAUGGAAAAUGCGGUGCCCUGAGUGAUGCGACAAGGGCGUUCGAGUUUGGUCAUAGUAAGAGGAAUAGCGCAUGUUACAAUGCAAUGUUUGCGAACUAUAUGCAGCAUGGCCUCUGUGUCAAGGCGGUUAGAACUCUCUACGAAAUGAGGACAGCCGGCUACAAACCUCGCAAAGCAAUGCUCGAUCGAGUGGAGUUAGCUUGUGGGAGAGAGACUGUGUAUCAGAUGAAUAAACAGAGCAUUGAACUUGACCAAAUUCAUCUUUGACAUCCACUUCAAUGGUAGAUUUCUAAGGCAGGGGUGUUGAAUGAAUAUUUUGUAAAAAAUGGUUGCUUUAUUAUUGCAUAUGCCAUGUUCAUUUGUGAAACUGCAUUACAAGUGUGUUGUAUAGAGUGAAUACAAGGUGAAUGAGUGAA